CUCCUCCUCCAUAGUCCUCCUUGUUUCCCUCCAUCGCCGCCUUUCUCUCAGUGCUCGGACGUUGCGUUAAGGUGCAGAUCCGAGUCCCGCUCUUGGGGAAAUUUGAGGAAAGUCAGACGACGUAUAACACCUUCAAGGGACAGUAUAAGAAUUUCAAUUGAGACGACAGACAUUUCGCCGCAUUUGUGCAGUUGUUUUGAAACUACAGUAAAAUGGAUCCAAUGACUCAGUCCGCCCAGAUAUCAUCGUCGCAAGGGUUUGCCGAUGGGCAAAAUUCUGCUGCCAAAGAAUCAAAGCUAUCCGAUUCCUUUCUUUCCUCUUCGCCUGUAUCUCUCAUUCAGUCUCCUCAAGACAAAAGAGUCGUCCUGGGCUCCGACAAGCCCUGCGACGGUGUAGCGACAUCCCUUCGCUUUCCUUCUCAACCCGGCUCAUUCACACCUGGUCAUUACGGGAGUGAAGCAGGACCGCCAGAUGAACAGCCGGACUCACCAAUAAAGACAUCUCCUGUUUCGGAGCGAAUAAAGGCCCUAGAGGCUCUUGCUGCCAAAAAGAAGGAACCCGAUUUUAGAAGUGAUGGAGGUUUCUCUCACUUCAGAGAUCGCCACCAUGAAAAAUCUCCCUCUGAGAACCAGAAAUCUUCUAUUGAGACGCAGAAAUCUCUGACUGAGACCCAGAAAUCUCCGUCUGAGACCCAGAAGUCUACCAUCGACUCCCCAAAAUCUCCUUCUGAGACUCAGAGAUCUCCCACUGAGAAAAUUGCGCCAGCUGUCCAGAAAAAAGGUUCUGCUGAUCAGGAGUCACCGGAAUCCCCCUUUGAAGUUCUUGGAGAUUUAAGACAAAUGAAUGAAUUUGAAGAAACAGAAGAGUGGAUGAAGGCUCAUUUACCUCCUGUGCCAGACUUUGAUGCUGCAGAUUUAAUUAAAGGCACCCCAACUUCAGACAGUGUUGCAUCAAAGGAGGAAAAGGAAGCUGACAUAGUUAUACCUGAUGCCCCUGCUGCCUUUGCUGGUGUACCUGAUGCUUUCAUGGAUUCUCCUAUUGAAACUUCGGCACUGAAGAAUGAGUUCAGUGAUGCACAGAAGCAGCCAAGUGUUGAGGAGGAGUCUGAGUUUGACCUUAGUUUUUUGCCCACAGCCUACAUGUGGGAUCAGCAGGAAAAAUCAGGUGUCCCGCCUCAAGCAAAUCUUGAUUCAGAUCUUCCAGCUUCACCUGCACCUCCUGCAGGCUUUGGCCCCCCAUCUCCUCCUGUCUCCCCACCAGUCGACACAAAUACUAAACAGAAUGUUUUGGAUGAGAAGAAGACCACUUGGACCGGAGAUCUGGAACCCCCAGAGGCAAGUGAAGUAGACAGCUCAGGAGAGUCAGACGAUACCGUCAUUGAAGAUGGUUUCACUAUUCCUGCAUCUGCUCCCCAUGCACCUUCUGAUUCAGCAUUUUCAAAUGAUCCUACCACUACCCCUGCUUCAGCAGCUCCCGAUCUUCCCACUGAGGAAAAGGAGACCCCUCCACCAAAGUCGGAGAGGAAGCUGAUGCAGGUUCCGACAAUCAAUGUUAUUGAGACAGAUGAGCCAAAUUACAGUGAAGAGGAGAUGGAAAUGGAGCUUGAAGCAGAGGAAGAUGACGAUUAUGAGAUUGUAAAAGACUCAGCCAGAGAGGUUCCAGAAACCCCAGAACCAGAAUCAGAGGACAGUAACAACGAACCACCUAAGACACGGCCCUUAGAAACUGAAUUUAUGGAAGGCUACUCUCCUCCAUCCUCACCUGUCGACUCUGAUGUUGAAUACACUCCCAAACACAAGAUAAUCAAAUUUCUUCCAGAAACAGUAGACCAGGAAUCUAAGCGUGAGGACCUACCCAGUCCACCUGUUUCGAAGGACUCGUCUGGAUUUUCCCAAUCACAAUCUGAAAUGCCACAGACCACUACCAGUAAAGUAAACAAUGAAAGCUCCCCUUUCACAGUCACAAACGAAGAAGUGGACUUCCCAGACAAUGACGAUGAAUGGUCAGAUGAAGCACAAGAUAUCAUGGUCAAACCUUGCAAGGCUGAUCUUACAUCCAAGGAACCAGUUCCUUACAUUCAAUCCAAAAUGGAAGAAAAAAGCAACACAGCUGUAAAAGAAACUUACAUAGAGACGACUUCCCUUUCUAAAACCAGCUUCAUGCAAGACGAUAUAUAUGACAGACAGUCAUUUGAUUAUGAUUAUGAUGCAUCUUCUCCCCUGGAUGACAUUGAUGACAAAGGGCGAAACAAUGCAAAGGAACGGUUUCUUUGUGAUCCUUCUGAAAUCCACAUUGAAUCACUGAAUACAAGCACUGCACAAAAUGACUUUCCUUCACCAAACGAAGGUGAGACACCAAGCAGCAUCAGUGAUCAAGAUUUCAGCAAGAACAUAACGACUGACAUCGUUUCCGAUAACAUGGCAAAUGUAAACUCCCUCCCAGCACAGAAAACUGAUUCAAAAAUCCAGGGGGACACUAAAGCAGGUCACCAUGCACCUGACACAACAAGGAACCCGGAAAGCAUCGACCUUGACAGGUCGGUUUCUGAGCCUACAGACAGCUUUGUGGAGUUCAUGCGAGAGUGCCUGAAAUCUCGGCAGGAUGAAGAACCUGACAACGUGCACCAAAGUGUACCCUCUGAGGUGGAGCCCUGCAAAAAGGGUUGGCCUCCCUCUCAUUCCCCUCCAACAAUGGUGAUGGAUUUUGAGCAAGAACAGCUUACUAUCAGUGCUCUCAAAGAGCUUGGCAGCAGUCUAGAGGAGGAGGAGGAGGCUGUGGCUGUCCAGUCAAAGGUUUCUGCCCAGGACAAAGCUAACCCCAACGCUGCAUCCUUACAGGAGUCUUCCUUUACCUCAGUUCCCAACCCUCCAUGUUCCCAAAGUGAGCGUGCACCUGACCGCACGUAUUCCAAAGAGGUGGAAGCCAUUGACGAAUGGGUAGCUGAAGCCUAUCAUCUUGCUGAGCAUGUCUUGACAGCAAUACUAACCCACUUAUCAGUGAAGGACCUGAUCCACUGGCGAGACCCCAAGAAGUCGGGCUUGGUGUUCGGCCUGUCCAUGCUGCUGCUGCUGUCGCUGGCGGCCUUCAGCGUCAUCAGUGUGAUCUCCUACCUGCUGCUGGCCCUGCUCUGCGUCACCAUCACCUUCCGCAUCUACAAGUCCGUGGUCCAGGCCGUGCAGAAGUCUACUGAGGGACACCCCUUCAAAGCGCUGAUAGAUAAGGAUGUCAGCAUCCCCCCAGAGACUUUCCGCAAGCACGUGGACGCCAGUCUGACCUACAUCAACCGAGCCCUAAAGCAGAUGAGCCGCCUCUUUCUGGUCGAGGACCUCGUGGACUCCCUAAAGCUGGCCGUGGCCAUGUGGCUGUUGACCUACGUAGGAGCUGUUUUCAACGGAAUCACCAUCCUCAUCCUGGCUGACAUCCUGCUCUUCGCUGUGCCGCCAGUCUACGAGAAGAACAAGACCCAGAUUGAUCAGUACAUCGACCUGGUGCGUAACCAAGUCAACACCACGAUCGCCAAGUUGCAAGAGAAACUUCCCGGAGCUGUGAAGCGCAGCAAAACCGAAUGAUCAACCCCCUCUCCAUUAAAAAAAACAAACAAACAAAAAAAAAAAACCGUUCACCAUCAUCCUCAUCUCCAUCACAACCUGAAACCCCCUCCUUACCUUCCCCAUACCGCUCUCCAGUUAACCCCCUACCUCAGUCUAACUGCCCCUCCUUACUCCAUCUACCAUCACCACCCAACUACACUGAACCUUGCUAGGUAGAAAAUCUCUCAGCUACUCGAUAUUCAAUGUAAAACUACUGCGCAGCUUAACUUGCAAGCAUUAGAAAAGAACUGCGCCUGUGCAGACAGGAAGCACAUCGCUAGCGAGGAAGUGAUGUAACGCCGCGGAUGGACAUCCAGUCCCCUCCCCACUCCCGCUCCCACACCCCCUAACCCCAACCCUACCAAUCUGCGGGCGUGCCACAGGGGAAUGGAGGCAGGGUCGAGUGAACUAGACUGAAUCUAUGACCUGGUUUGGUCGCGUCCAGUGAGCAGGGGUGUUGGGAGGGGGGGGGCGGGGGGCAGGAGGUGCUGGGGGAUGAGAGGGGGAGGGUGUUGUACGAUGGCUGUUUAUGUCACCAAAAAGCAAAUGUCUGUACUUUAAAACCACACAUUUCCCUGAACGUACGUGGAUAAUUGAAGCUGGAAAACGUUGAAGAAAAACAGAAAUGUUUAAAAAAGGAAAAAAAAAAAAAAAGGGGGAAUGAAACCAACCUUUCGGGAGUUAUUGUGGAUAGCGUGGGUAGUCUUAUCCCGCUCUUUCUUUUUUUUUUUUUUUGCUCCACAGCUUGUUGUAUGGAUAGAAAUGAGUUCAUUUUUAGGAGCCGGUAAUGGGUGUGCUGUUAUUGAUCGGCCUGUUAUCGGAGUUUGUUUCCAUUCACCUCACAGGCACUUCUGUAUGUAAGUUUCUGCAAUGCACUGAACUUUUAUUUUUUGAAACAUCCAUCAGCAGGUUGAAAUCAUAAUAAUAAUAAUAAUAAAAAGGAUUGGAACACUGA